AUGCACGGAGGACCUUCAAAAGACCCUGGAUUUGACCCAACAACUGGGAUUGCUGAUAAACCUGCAGAUAUCACAGCUGGCCCCAUCUCAGAAGAUUCUCUAUUUGGGGAUUCAGAUAGAUUAUCUGACUUUUCAGGCUUUACAGUCUCCCAAGAGAAUCGAGUUCUGCCUGAGAGCAGUAAGGAACUUAGUAAUCUUCAGAAGUCCAAAGAAGAGCAAAAUAACUGGACUGAGAACUUUGUCCAUGUUCUGAACUGCUGGUGUGUGAAGGGAAGCUAUCACCAGGAUAUGUUGCACAUGUGGGAUAUUUUUCACGAGGAAAAAGGAUCUGAAAAUGAUCGCCCUGAUAUCUUCCCAGACACCCAGUUACACAUCGUACUGGAGUUUAGCCAUGGUGGAAGGGAUUUAGAAGGCUUUGUAUUUAAUAAUGCUGGGCAGGCUCAUGCUAUAUUCCUCCAGAUUGCCUAUACUUUAGCUGUUGCUGAACAACAGUUAGAAUUUGAACAUCGUGAUCUUCAUUGGGGUAAUGUUUUAAUUGCAACAACUACAAAGAAUUAUGUGGAGUUCAAACUGAAUGAAGGAACUUAUUGUCUUGAUACUAAGGGUGUAGUGGCUACAGUGAUAGAUUUUACUUUAUCAAGAUUAAAGACUCCUCAUUGUGUUAUGUAUAAUAAUUUGGCAGAAGAUCCUUCACUCUUUACUGCUGAAGGUGAUUAUCAGUUCGAGAUAUAUAGACAAAUGAAAAAAGUGAAUAGGUAAGUUUUAUUGUUAUAU